UAGUAGUAGUUUUUGUUUAACCCAGAUGAUCUGGGUCGCCCCCAUUGUUUGAAAAAAACGACCCCCUGAGAGAGCUCAAACAGUGGAUCUGACGCAAACCCACUUAGAUUUUCUUGUUUACAGCCCUCAGAUCUCUUCAAAAAAUCGAUUCUUUGUGUAAGCGAAUUGAUUGAUUUUCUUCUUUUUUCGAAGUUUUCUUUGCAAUCCAACAGUAAUUGGGUUGUAAAAAAGGAGUCUUUUUAAGGUGGAAGGCACAAUUAGCAAUGGGGUCGAAGAAGAAAACAGCAUCCCAGAAAAAUUCUCGUUCUGCUUCUCCAGUUAAAGAGAUGGCAAUUUCAGAUCAUACUGCGAAGCAUCAAAAGGAUUUAGAAAAUUUGAAUCUGUUGACACAGCCUUUCAGAACACUCAAGCUUUUCAGUAUGGCAAUGAUGCAGUAUCUUAUGAGGUCGAUAGCAUAUCUUUUGUCGCAUCGAUGGUGUAUGCUUUUCAGUAUGAUUGCUGGACUUGCCUUAAUACUGCUUGUGACAACCGAUGGUCCUCAUGUAAAGCAUGUUGAGGAGGUUGGUAGACAUCUCCAGUUUGGAUUAUGGUGGGUGGCUCUUGGUGUGGCGUCUUCUAUUGGCCUUGGGUCUGGUUUGCACACUUUUGUCCUUUAUCUGGGCCCUCACAUUGCUUUAUUUACGAUAAAGGCAAUGAAGUGUGGGCGAGUUGACCUCAAAAUGGCUCCCUAUGAUACAAUACAAUUUCAAAAAACUCCUUUAUGGCUUCACAAAGAUUGUUCAGAGUUUGGCCCCCCUGUAUUUUCAUCUUCACAUGGCACAAGUGUUCCUCUUAGUAGCAUACUGCUCCAAGUGCAGUUAGAGGCUGUUUUAUGGGGCCUUGGAACCGCACUUGGAGAGCUUCCCCCAUAUUUUAUUUCAAGAGCAGCAAGCCUCUCAGGCAGUAAAGUGGAAGCAAUGGAAGAACUAGAUGCCUCUUCUGAAAACAAUGGAUUUAUAGCUACUCGUCUGACUCAAAUGAAGCGCUGGUUUUUUUCCCAUGCACAAUAUUUGAACUUCUUCACAAUUCUAAUACUUGCUUCGGUUCCUAAUCCUCUAUUUGAUCUUGCUGGCAUAAUGUGUGGACAAUUUGGGAUCCCAUUUUGGAAGUUCUUUUUUGCAACUUUGAUUGGAAAGGCCAUCAUUAAAACUCACAUACAGACCGUGUUUAUAAUUUCUGUUUGCAACAAUCAACUUCUUUAUUGGGUGGAAACCAAGAUGAUUCGGAUGCUUAGUUUUAUACCUGGUCUCGAAACCAUGUUACCUAAAAUCAUUGCCAAGCUCCAUUCCAUGAAAGACAAGUAUAUGGCUACCAAAACUCCAUCCACUUCAAAUAUAAAGGUGAACAAAUGGGAUUUCUCAUUUGCUUCAGUUUGGAACGGCGUGGUAACCAUCAUGCUACUUAACUUUUUCGUUAAGAUUGUAAAUGCUACUGCACAGCGGUAUUUAAAAAAACAGCAAGAAGAGGAAUUGGCUAGUCUGAAGAACAAAUCAUCUUGAAGGAAAUCAGAUAAACCCCCUCUUCAUUCUCAUAGAUUUGUUUUUCGGUCAAGUUUUUUCUUUUCCGCUAUCUACCUUUGUUAAAUCGUCAGAAAUAGGAUUUUACGAAGUGAUUGAUGGCUACGAUGGAAGCUACUUGGAGACUCGGCACCAGCAAGUCCAUUUCACAAACUUUGUACAAAAGAACAUUAGUUUCACAAGUCCAUUGACUAUGUAACUUCAAGAAAAACAUUAUUUAGGGGUGCCAUUGUUGACAAAAUUGGUGAUUAGGAAACUGGAAAACUCAUUAUUGGGCAAAUGCUUCAACAUUUAGAAAGUGAA